AUGGUAGAGGUAAGGAUUUAUUCUAUAUACUUUAACAGUGGAAUAAAACGGUCUCAAGGAAGAAAAGUCCCAUUUAGAAACAACGCCAAGGCAGUCACGCUACAGCAGCUAUUAAAAGCACUAAACCAGCUUAAAAUAGAGUACACUGUAGAGACUAAACAGCAUCCAAAACACUCAUACGAACUGUGCGCACAGUUCCUUCCCUCCACAUCCAAGCCAGAGGAGGUAGAAAGGCUGUUCAGUACUACAGGAGGUGCUGUUAAAAUCACAACAGACAGCAAAAGGCAGCUGAUAAAAGAUAUAGACAACCUAUUAAAUGGAAGCAAAUAAAGAACCGC